AUGAAAAGUGGUCGAAGUGGAGGUCUUUUGGCUGCAGGAGUAAAAAAUCCCCGCGACAACAAACAACAAACUGAGGAAGGAGGAACGGAAUUUUUUUUUACCCCAAUAACUAAUUUCUUUUUCUUUAUUUUUUCCCUGUUGUUUUCUGUAGGAAGAAGAAGAAGAAGAAGAAGAAGAAGUGAAUGCGUCGGGAAUUGUGGUCCGUACAUGAAUCUGCAUGUGGUAUCGGUGGAGCACUCCUUGACGAAACCCGACCCCCUGCUCGGUGAUGAGCUGAUGAGUCCGUUGUUUCAUCGUGUGUCCGAUCGGUGUCCGGUGCUGCAUUUAUUCGGGUACGUCUACACGAGUAAGGAGGGCUCCGGUCCGCAAGGUGAUAUUAAUGCGACCGUUGCAGCGGGAGGGGCAUCGGAUUCUAUUCAACAACGCAGUGUCUGUGCGCAUAUCCACGGUGUGUAUCCAUAUUUCAUGGUGCUGCGCCACGACAGCCGGGUGUCUGUGAUGCAGUUUGGCGCCCAGUUGGAGGCGGUGGCGUUGCGGGUCUUGAGGCCCUCUUCUUCAUCAACGUCAGCACCGCCCCGUCAGCUGCUUCAUCAUGUUGAGUUGGUGCGGCGACUGCCUUUUUAUGGCUACCAUGAGAGGUUCAGGUCGUUCUUCAGGGUAAGUGUGAUUGACCCCGCGAUGGUGGGUAGACUCGUGCGUCUUCUCGGCCACACGACAGAAGUGGGAGGGCGACGAUGGCAGACGUACGAGUCACACGCGCCGUACCACUUCCAGUUUAUGGUGGAUUACGGCAUGAAGGGGAUGGCACCGUUUUUUAUCCCCACAUGCACGGCACGCUCCCCCAUACCAAAAGAAUUGCAGCACGUGCAGGCACAGGCACGCCUGAAAAUCACCGCAGUGACGUCGAAAGGAGAACCAAUGCGCCUCACGCGUGCUGAAUUGGAAAUUGAUGUGAGGGCAUCUGCAUUGCGAUGGCGGGAGAGCUCUAUAGAGACGGGGGAGAACCUUCUCUCUGUGCGGCGCAGUGUGCGGCAAUACUUUGCCGAGUGCGGCGUUGAUGACGCCCCACGGUGUGGAGCGGCUUCUGACACAUCGGACCGUAACUGUACCGUGUGUGACGUACAAAAUAGCGAUCUUGCCGUCUCGACGAUGCGACAGCGGGCAUUGACGUAUCUGCGUGCCAGGGCUGACACUGCCACAGCGGAACCCUUGUCACAUAUGACGUCGACGCCGCGGGAUGGGUUGGAAAAAACUACGAAUUUUCCCCUUUCCGCUGGUACAUUGAGCGAGAAUCUGACGAUGCGACUCAUGGAGGAGAUGCACGGAGACCGUGCGGAAUCGGCACCCUUUUCUUUUUCGGUUUCAAGCACGUCUUUUUCCUCUCCCUCGGUUUUAGUGCAGUCUGUGGAGGAUAUGAUUGACGAUAAGGGGGGAGGUUUGUUGCUUUCCAGCGAGGACGAUUGUGUGCAGGGUUCCACUUUAAUCAAUGACAAUUCACUAGCCGUAGGGGAUUCCAUUGUUUUGUUUGAUGGGCAGGCCGACGGCAGCGCACCGCGAGGGCCAUUGAUAGCCAAAAUAACCGGGAUGGAAGCUCAGACUGUGCGGUUGCGGUGGUACAUGACAAUCCGUGAGACACACCUCGCCGACACCCAGGCUGAACUCGAAAGGAAUGGUCGUUGGCUUGCACGGGGUGUGCCUGAUGCCGGCGGCAGUGCGGCCGGUGUAGGGGAGGAGUUGCUUUUGGGAGAUGUGGAGGAUGAUAACCCAAUUGAUGUCUUGAAGCAAUCUGUGCGCGUUGUGGUCUGCCACUCGUAUCGCGCCUACAAGAGCCCCGCACUGCUGUGCCGCUACAACUACCACGUUUUGGAGCAGCGUCUUUCGGUGAUUGAACCGGCACGGGAUGAGGACUUCGUGGCACUCCCUGCCGUCCUUUCCCUUCCGACAGCGGACGGUUUGAGAGCGGGUGUCGUGGCUGAGGAUGAGGAGCUUUUGGCAUCUUUGUCUUCUUCGGCAUUUUCAUCGUCAUCACCGUUGUGUGCAAAAGCAGCGGCAGUUGCACCGGAGACGCAUGUUGUGGCGUCCCACUCUCCGUCGAUUCCUUCAAUGAAAGACGGAAAAUACAUACCGGUCCCCUUGCGACGAUCCGUCUCCAGUGUGGUGCAACAGGCGGCCCAGUCGCAGCUAUCAAUGCUCCUUAGCCGCAUAGGCAAAUCACCAUCUUCAACAGCGGUUGUUCACUCCGUAGCCUCGCUGUCUGGAACAUCUGUUGCGAGGGUUCCAUCGGAGCCCUCUUCUUCUUCUUCUUCUAUUGAGUGUGUCAACUCCCGUCAUGCGGUCUUAUUUCAGGAGUGCGGAGAAAACACGGCCUGUUUACACCCAUGUUAUUUUAUGGGUGACAUUCCGCGUAAUUUUCGAUGGAAAUACGAUAAACACAAAAAAUCUGUUGUUGUCUCUGCUGCCACUUGGCCCCUUGCCACACCUGCUGUUCCUGUUGAUAAAGUUGCUCCUGCGGAUGCUUCAAAAGGGAGGGGAACGCUUAGAGCAACGGCAGGGCCAAUUGAGACAAGGCCUUCUGUGCCGCUUCUUUCACAAGUGGCGCCAUCGCAGUGGGGGUCGCCUGACCAUCAACCUGCGUCGGGCGUUGAACCGAAAUGGCAGCCGCACCCAUCAUCAAAUGCAUCCCGUUCAGUAGACAGGGGCGCUUAUAUGACUUGCGAUCUUCGUGUCAUGUGCGUGGAAGUACUCAUUCACCGCCGGCGCGGUACACAGAACGUGGCGCAGGAGGAACUGCUGGCAGUGGCUCUCGGACGCACCAGUUCUUUUACGGAGUCCGUCGGCGUGCGGCUCUUUUGUGUAGGCCCAUCGAAAACGCCAAUUCGUCGGCUGCAACAGCCGUUUAGUGGCGUUGUCGAUGUGUUUUUUUUGCCGUCAGAGUUUCAUUUGCUGCGGCAAGUGCGUCAAGAGUUGUGCUUCUAUGAUCCCGACAUUAUUCUCUCUUGGGAUGGUUCCAGGUACGGGGUCGGGCCUUUGGAACGACGUUACCGUAUCGUUCUACAGCGUUCCUUUGCGCAGGAUUUCUCUCGUCUUUCUGGUGGAUACGGGAUGGCCGAUGGCAAGGGUGAGGAGGCGGUUGAAACGGAUGCAUUGGGUGAUUGCGCGAGCGACGGGGAUGCGUCGUUCUCAUCACUGUCGCCGCCGUCCUCUUUGUUUUCCGUGCCGUCGGUGGAUGGGGUCGCAGAGUUGCCUGCGAAUAAAAAAACAUCACGUGCAGCUGCACCUGCCGCUCCGCUUCUCGGCGUAGAGGAAAUGGUCAGGCGUCUUUCAAGGCGGUUUGGUGGCAGUGACUGUGUCCCCGGUCGUGUUGUGGUUGAUCUUGGCAGGCAGCUGCGCAAGGAGAUGAAGCUCCCCUCACAAACGUUACAAAUGGUUUAUCAGAAACUCUUCCACAGUAGUCUGCCGUACUUCACAGAUGCUGCCCUGAUAGAGAUGUACACCAGCAGAAGUGAUGACAUGCGGCGUGUGGCACUCUCUGUCCUUUUGACGCGGGCUGUAAUUCCUCACCGCAUCGCGCAGCAUCUUCGCUUCUACACUCGUGUAGUGGAGUUCUCGCGAAUGUAUGGAAUCCUCUUUUAUGAGGUGCUCAGUCGUGGCAGUCAAUAUCGUGUAGAGGCGACGUUGCACCGCAUGACAAAGCCCAUGGGUUACGCGAUGUUGUCACCGUCGCCUGAGGAGGUGCACCAUCAACCGAGCCUUGUGAGCAUGCCGCUCAUUAUGCAACCCCGUAGUGAUUUCUACAAGGACGAUCCGAUUGUUGUGCUUGACUUCCGAAGUUUGUACCCCAGUAUUAUAAUCGCGUACAACCUCUGUUACUCCACCUGCCUAGGAAAAGUCUCGAAACACCGCCGCGGUCGUUUGGGGGUUCUGACAUCAUACAAACAGGUCGACCCUUUACUUCUUAGACUUCUUGCGGAGGAUGACAUGUGCCCGAAAUCCCACCGAGUGACGUUUGCACCAAAUGGAUGUAUGUUCCUGUCGCCAGAGGUACGCAAAGGUGUGCUUCCGCAAAUGUUGCAGGCGCUACUUGACACACGACUUGAAGUACUAGCGGCUUUGAAGCAUGUAGCACAGCCGUCUGGGGACAACUAUAUGCAACGGAUUCUGCAGGAGCAGCAGACCGCUAUUAAAAUGCUCGCAAACACAACCUAUGGGUACACUGCGGCCUCCUUUACUGGACGAAUGCCGUGUGUGGAUGUCGCGGAUGCCACAGUCAUGCUUGGGCGUCAGACACUUGAGCGGGCAAUGCGACUUAUUAAUAUUCAUCCGGGAUGGGACGCUGAGGUGGUGUACGGCGACACAGACUCGCUGUUUGUGCGGUUGCCGGGAAGAACAAAGGAGGAAGCCUUUCUGUGCGGCGAACAGAUGGCGAGGGAGGUGAGUCGUAUCAACCCCACACCGAUUCAACUGCAGUUGGAGAAGGUCCUAUCUCCUUGUCUUUUGCUUGCGAAGAAACGCUAUGUGGGGUACGCUUACUACAAGCCAGAUCAAACGCAGCCGCAAUUUUUUGCGAGGGGUAUUGAGACUGUGCGCAGGGAUCAAUGCCCCGCCACCUCCCGUCUGGCGGAAUGUAUGAUCCACCUUCUUUUCUCUGGCGCCUCCACAGACGAGCUACGGGCUCGAUUCUUCGAGGAGGUGGGCAAACUACAACGUGGGGCAUGUAAUCCAGCCGACUGCAUCUUUAGAAAGUCUGUGAAACUUGGGCGUUAUCGCGAUGAGACGCGUCUCCCACCUGGAGCGCAACUUGCCAUGCGGUUGAUGGAGAAGGACUUUACACGCACCCCUUAUUGGGGUGAACGCUUGCCAUACGUCGUGGUCCAGCCAAUGGCGUCUGUUCGACUUUGCGAUCGGGUGAUACAUCCGCAACGUCUGCUGGAUUUGAAGGAAAAUCUACGAAUUGACCACGAGUACUACAUUACGCGCCACAUCAUUCCAACCUUGGAUCGCAUGUUUUACCUCAUUGGCGUGAGCUUUGCGAACUGGUACGCGCUCAUGCCAAAGCGGCGGUCAUAUCACAGUUACUUUGAACUGGGUUUGACAAGGCUCCCGUUAUCCGGUAGAAAAACGGCACGGACACGUCAUGCUGCCAUUGUGCUGGAAGAAGGCACAGAAGUUGACAUGGAACACAGGGAUCAGCCGUUUUACGUGGUGAAUCCAGCAUGCUUUGCGAAGAAGGGGACGCUGGAUGCUUACUAUCAGCAGACGCUGUGCGCCGUGUGUCUUGAGAAAUUCUCGGAAACGACACCACCGGAUCCACCCGUAUGUGGCGAUUGUUUACGCAUCCAUGCGGUACCUGUUGUGAGUGUGAUACGGCGCCGGUGUAGUGUGGAGCGACAUUUGCGAUUACUGGAGACUGCGUGUCGACGUUGCAUUGGCUCGUGUGGGGAGGCAGGCGGACCGAAUUUCUUGGCAGGGAAAGAACGAGACAUGGAAGACAUGCACUUUGCAGUUCCCCAUCAACUUGCGGCGGCUUCUUCUGCCGUGAAUGGGGAGGAGUCGACGUGCUGUCUUUCCGUUGACUGCCACUUGUCCUUUGAGAAGCGUCAGAUAUUUCUUCUCUACUCCCAGCUGAUGACGUUGGAAAAUUUUCUGACAAGUCUGUGA